GUCUGCAAGACCGAAAAGGAUGAAGUACCGAGUACCGAGGAGGACUCGGAAUCUUUCCACGGUGUCGGCGUAUGUAAAUGGUUCAACGUGCGCAUGGGCUUUGGGUUCUUGUCCAUGACCAACCGAGACGAGGGUCCCGCUCGAGGCUCCGGUCGAUGUGUUCGUCCAUCAGGUAAGAGGGGCGCCUUAGUUUUAAAAUGAACUGACUUACCGUCUACUUCUCACACCAAAUAUGUGGUGAAUGGUGGCCCACUACAACUUGACACAGAAUAACAUCUUCAGGCAGUUUUCCUUCUCAAAUGAACACGUGUUGCUGGCUUUCCAUGUGACCUCGUGGUCAUGUACAGUGGGGUCCAAAAUCAUGGACACCCUUGAUAAAGAUGAGCAAUAAUGACUCUAUAAAAUAUAUCAUUCAAAUACUGAGCUAUAUUGUAGGCAAAAAAAGAAGGGAAAUUAUAUUAUUUUAUACUAAUACAAUUGCUCAGAGAAAUAUAUUUUGUUUAACAAGUAAACACAUUUAGGGUUUGACACCCCUAAAGAUUUUCAUAAAUAAAGUAGUCAAAAUAUUAAUAUUUGGUCCCAUAUCCCUAGCACUCAAUGACUACAUCAAGCGUGUGACUCUACAAACUUGUUGUUUGCAUUUGCAGUUCGUUUUGGUUGUGUUUCAGAUUAUUUUGUGCCCAAUAGAAAUAAAUGGUAAAUAAUGUAUUGUGUCAUUUACAUUGUAAAUUGAAAACAAGAAUAUAAUACGUUUGUAAACACUUAUACAUUAAUGUGGAUGCUACAAUGUUUAUGGAUAAUCCUGAAUGAAUCGUGAAAGUUACUGAGGGUCAAAGAUCAUACCCCCAAGACAUGCUAACCUCCCCUGUUAUUGGUAAUGGUGAGAGGUUAGCAUGUCUUGGGGUUAUGAUCUUUGACCCUCUGUAACUUUCUCACUCAUCAUUAUUCACAAUUCAUUCAGGGGUAAUUCUGACCUCUACCUUUUUGAGAGAGAAAAAUAUAACUCUUUCUCUGAGCAAUUGUAUUAGUAUGAAAAUAAUAUAAUGGCACUGUAUUAUGAGCUGUCUUGUUUGCUGAAUGAACAAAUGAAGUAGGCAGUGGCAUAGUGCAUAUAGCCAUAGAAGCACAGUGACAUAUGCCUCAAUUCAUUCAUAUUUGUGGCUUAUUGGGUGUGUGGCUUUCAGUUACAUAUUUUUGGUCACCCAACCCAUGAGAGUGAAUGUCAUUCCAGUUCAUCUGAAUGUCAUUCUACUGCACUGCUUACUAUGAACUAAAUCUGAUGGUGUUUGCAUGUUUAGGUAAAAAUACAAAUAAUGUCCUGUUUGGAACACUGCCAAGUAGAGAUAUUUGGUCAAUCUGAUUGGGUGUGCCUGGCUGCCCAGUGGGUGGGCCUGGGCACACCAGUGCCUUACGCGGCUGGGUUAAAGUUACUUAAAGCUGCAAUAUGUCACUUUUUGGGCGACCUGACCAAAUUCACAUAGAAAUGUGAGUUCAAGAUCUGUCAUUCUCAUUGAAAGCAAGUCUAAGAAGCAGUAGAUCUGUUCUAUGUGCGCUAUUUCUGUCCUUCCCGUUCUUAAGUUUUGUUUUUGCGUUUGCUUUCAGUUUUGUACACCAGCUUCGAACAGCUGAAAAUACAAUAUUUUUGGUUAUGGAAAAUAUAUUUCACAGCGGUUUAGAUGGUACAAUGAUUCUCUACACUCUACAGUGCAUUCGGAAAGUAUUCAGACCCCUUUACCUUUUCCACAUUUUGUUACAUUACAGCCUUAUUCUAAAAUGGCUAAUAUUUUUCCUCAUCAAUCUACACACAAUACCCCAUAAUGACAAAGCAAAAAACAGGUUUUAGAAAUGUUUGCAAAACAGAAAGGUCCCCAAUAACACAGUGGCCUCCAUUAUCCAUCAUUCUUAAAUGGAAGAAGUUUGGAACCACCAAGACGCUUCCUAGAGCUGGCCGCCCAGCCAAACUGAGCAAUCGGGGGAGAAGGGUCUUGGUCAGGGAGGUGACCAAGAACCCAAUGGUCACUCUGACAGAGCUCCAGAGUUCCUUUGUGGAGAUGGGAGAACCGUCCAGAAGGACAACCAUCUCUGCAGCACUCCACCAAUCAUGUCUUUAUGGUAGAGUGACCAGACGGAAGCCACUCCUCAGUAAAAGGCACAUGACAGCCCGCUUGUAGUUUGCCAAAAGGCACCUAAAUGACUCAGAUCAUGAGAAACAAGAUUUUCUGGUCUGAUGAAACCAAGAUUGAACUCUUUGGCCUGAAUCUCAAGUGUCACAUCUAGAGGAAACCUGGUACCAUCCCUACGGUGAAGCAUGGUGGUGGCAGCAUCAUGCUGUGGGGAUGUUUUUCAGUGGCAGGGGCUGGGAGACUAGUCAGGAUCGAGGGAAAGAUGAACGGAGCAAAGUACAGUGAGAUCCUUGAUGAAAACCUGCUCCAAAUCGCUCAGGACCUCAGAUUGGGGCGAAGGUUCACCUUCCAUCAGGACAACGACCCUAAGCACACAGCCAACACAAUGCAUGAGUGGCUUCGGGACAAGUCUAUGAAUGUCCUUGAGUGGCCCAGCCAGAGCCCGGACUUGAACCCGAUCGAACAUCUCUGGAGAGACCUGAAAAUAGCUUUAAAGCGACGUUCCCCCUCCAACCUGACAGCGCUUGAGAGGAUCUGCAGAGAAGAAUGGGAGAAACUCCCCAAAUACAGGUGUGCCAAGCUUGUAGCGUCAUACCCAAGAAGACUCAAGGCUGUAAUCGCUUCCAAAGGUGCUUCAAUAAAGUACUGAGUAAAGGGUCUGAAUACUUAUGUAAAUGUGAUAUAUAUAUAUAUAUAUAUAUAUAUAUAUAUAUAUAUAUAUAUAUAUAUAUAUAUACAGUGGGGUAAAAAAGUAUUUAGUCAGCCACCAAUUGUGCAAGUUCUCCCACUUAAAAAUAUGAGAGAGGCCUGUAAUUUUCAUCAUAGGUACACGUCAACUAUGACAGACAAAUUGAGGAAAAAAAAUCCAGAAAAUCACAUUGUAGGAUUUUUAAUGAAUUUAUUUGCAAAUUAUGGUGGAAAAUAAGUAUUUGGUCACCUACAAACAAGCAAGAUUUCUGGCUCUCACAGACCUGUAACUUCUUCUUUAAGAGGCUCCUCUGUCCUCCACUCGUUACCUGUAUUAAUGGCACCUGUUUGAACUUGUUAUCAGUAUAAAAGACACCUGUCCACAACCUCAAACAGUCACACUCCAAACUCCACUAUGGCCAAGACCAAAGAGCUGUCAAAGGACACCAGAAACAAAAUUGUAGACCUGCACCAGGCUGGGAAGACUGAAUCUGCAAUAGGUAAGCAGCUUGGUUUGAAGAAAUCAACUGUGGGAGCAAUUAUUAGGAAAUGGAAGACAUACAAGACCACUGAUAAUCUCCCUCGAUCUGGGGCUCCACGCAAGAUCUCACCCCGUGGGGUCAAAAUGAUCACAAGCACGGUGAGCAAAAAUCCCAGAACCACACGGGGAGACCUAGUGAAUGACCUGCAGAGAGCUGGGACCAAAGUAACAAAGCCUACCAUCAGUAACACACUACGCCGCCAGGGACUCAAAUCCUGCAGUGCCAGACAUGUCCCCCUGCUUAAGCCAGUACAUGUCCAGGCCCGUCUGAAGUUUGCUAGAGUGCAUUUGGAUGAUCCAGAAGAGGAUUGGGAGAAUGUCAUAUGGUCAGAUGAAACCAAAAUAGAACUUUUUGGUAAAAACUCAACUCGUCGUGUUUGGAGGAUGAAGAAUGCUGAGUUGCAUCCAAAGAACACCAUACCUACUGUGAAGCAUGGGAGUGGAAACAUCAUGCUUUGGGGCUGUUUUUCUGCAAAGGGACCAGGACGACUGAUCCGUGUAAAGGACAGAAUGAAUGGGGCCAUGUAUCGUGAGAUUUUGAGUGAAAACCUCCUUCCAUCAGCAAGGGCAUUGAAGAUGAAACGUGGCUGGGUCUUUCAGCAUGACAAUGAUCCCAAACACACCGCCCGGGCAACGAAGGAGUGGCUUCGUAAGAAGCAUUUCAAGGUCCUGGAGUGGCCUAGCCAGUCUCCAGAUCUCAACCCCAUAGAAAAUCUUUGGAGGGAGUUGAAAGUCUGUGUUGCCCAGCGACAGCCCCAAAACAUCACUGCUCUAGAGGAGAUCUGCAUGGAGGAAUGGGCCAAAAUACCAGCAACAGUGUGUGAAAACCUUGUGAAGACUUACAGAAAACGUUUGACCUGUGUCAUUGUCAACAAAGGGUAUAUAACAAAGUAUUGAGAAACUUUUUGUUAUUGACCAAAUACUUAUUUUCCACCAUAAUUUGCAAAUCAAUUCAUUAAAAAUCCUACAAUGUGAUUUUCUGGAAUUUUUUUCCUCAUUUUGUCUGUCAUAGUUGACGUGUACCUAUGAUGAAAAUUACAGGCCUCUCUCAUCUUUUUAAGUGGGAGAACUUGCACAAUUGGUGGCUGACUAAAUACUUUUUUUCCCCACUGUAUAUAUAUAUAUAUAUAUAUUUUUUUUUUUAAAUAUAUAAAUUUGCAAAAAUUUAUAAAAACCUGUUUUUACUUUGUCAUUAUGGGGUAUUGUGUGUAGAUUGAUGAGGGGAAAAAACAUUUUAAUCAAUUUUAGAAUUAGGCUGUAACAUAAUAAAAUGUGGAAAAAGUCAAGGGGUCUGAAUACUUUCCGAAUGCACUGUACAUGUUUGUUUUGUCACAUAAACUGAAAUUAGGCAAACUAUUAGAAUUUUAGUAACCAGGAAUUGGCAGAGCAAUUUCUGCAUAGUGCAGCUUUAAAGGUGACUUAGCCACUUUUGUACACAGGUAAUGCCUGCCUCAUUCCCUUACAUUUAAGUUUUGCUAGCGAUGGCUGAAGUUAUCUGAAGUUUGUUGUGGUUUUUUAAAGAAAACCGUACCAUAGAUUACAGUUUAUCUUGGCCCAUAUGCUACUUUGAAGGUGAGGAGCCAUCUAAAAUACUGAACUUCCCUUUUAACAGUAUUUUUGUCUUGAAAUAUAAUCGCAUGGUAAUUCAUUCCAAGUGAAGACCACAGGCCUACCUAUGAGGCAAUGGGCUUGUUCGACAUUGCAGGCAACUGCUGACUGACUAAUCAACAAAUCACUUUGCAUCAUAAAUAACUACUCAUUAUUAUUUGUAGAUCAGUGAGACGCAAUUUACCCACUAUGCAUCACAAAUUUGAAGCUCUCGAACACGACCAGUGUCUUUUUAUCCUCAUGGUGUCCAGGGCCCAAGAGUGAAUUGGGAAACUACCCAAGUUAACCCAUCCUUGCCAAUAUUGAAGGGGGAGUAUCCUUUUCCCUCCUAGCUUCCACGUGAGUGAGACCCUUCCACUACUGGCUGAGAAGAUAAAGGCUUAGCAUCUCAUUGAGAGAAGUCCACUUUAGCUGCUCAUUCACUUCAGGUUCCUGUAAUAAAGUGAUUAAAGCCUCCAUGCUCCUGUCUUCUCUCUGCCAAGUCUAUGUUAAUGGUGAAGGAGGGAGAGCGAUUUGAGGUUUACCAUAACCCCACCGCCUUCAUGGGGCACUCUGUUCACAACGCUGACAUCAGCAAACCGCUUGCCCACAUGACGCCAUACACGCUAUCUGCCCGGUGCUGUUGAAACUGGGAUUCAUCAGUGAAGACCAUACUUCUCCAGUGUACCAGUGGCCAUGGAAGGUGAGCAUUUGCCCACUGAAGUUAGUUAUGACGCCGAACUGCAGUUAGGUCAAGACCCUGGUGAGGACGACGAGCACGCAGAUGAGCUUCCCUGAGACAAUUUCUGACAGUUUCUGCAGACAUUCUUCAGUUGUGCAAUCCCACAGUUUCAUCAGCUGUCCGGGUGGCUGGUCUCAGACAAUUCCGCAGGUGAAGAAGCCGGAUGUGGAGGUCCUGGGCUGGCAUGGUUACACGUGAAGGCGGGUUGAACGUACUGCCAGAUUCUCUAAAUCGACAUUGGAGGCGGCUUAUGGUAGAGAAAUUAACAUUCAAUUCUCUAGCAACAGCUCUGGUGGACAUUCCUGCAGUCAGCAUGCCAAUUGCACGCUCCCUCAAAACUUGAGACAUCUGUGGCAUUGUGUUGUGUGACAAAACUGCACCUUUUAGAGUGACCUUUUAUUUUCCCCAGCACAAGGUACACCUGUGUAAUGAUCAUGCUGUUUAAUCUGCUUCUUGAUACGCCACACCUGUCAGGUGGAUGGAUUAUCUUGGCGAAAGGAGAAAUGCUCACUAACAGGGAUGUGAGAGAAAUACGCUUUUUUAAACUAAACUAAUUUGAUGUGUUAAGAUAUCCAGGAUGAAAUGCUCCUUAAAGGGGUCUACACAGUCUAUCCAAACGUAGCCGACUUAGGUCUGUUUGCGUGGCUCUCUACAUACUGUAGUUCUAUGUACAUUUGUGCAGCCACAUUUUUGGAACGCGACGCAAACGCUUCUCCGUCAGUUCUGUUUGUUUAGACUGUGUAGAGCCCUUAAGGCUCGCACACAUUGCACCGAAUGUGAAUCUAGCUUUUGUCUGCCGAUCGUUUAGCACGCAGUGUUUUAGGAACAACCAGCUGUAGACCUCUGACUGACAACAUUUUCCACCCGAUUCUACAUGUAAAAUCAGUGCACGUACUCUCGGCCAGCAAACGCUAUCGGUGUAUCUGAGCCAUUACAUUUCAUUAUAACUCUUUCCUCCUUUCCAGAACCGCUGCUUUUUAGACCAUUUAUUUGAGCUAUUUGAACUUUUGAUCUGUUGAAAUGGCCAGGACUACAAUUACGCCCCAAAUUAAUGAUUUCUUCCUGAAAACCUUUCUUUAAUAUCAAUCUGUUUCUCAAUAAGUAAUCUGUAUGACUAAAUACUUAUUUUAUUCUUCCCAGAAUGUAGACAUCCCUCUUCUAGUGCCACCACUAUAGAUUCCAAGCCUUAUAAAGCAUAUGUUUGAAUAAGUGAACAAUAUCUGUUAACAAUGUAACUGGGACAAUGUCCUCCUUAUUCCCCGAACCCUGUCCCUCUCCUUUGACAUCUUAAAUAGUGACUUCUCCACUGAUUUCCUUCCCUAGCCAUCAGGAUUCGGGUCAAUUACAUUUCAUUUCAAUUCAGGAAGCAAACUGGAAUUCCAAUUUUCCUCAAUGCUUGAAGAAUUCGAAAUGGAAGUGACCCCAACCCUGCUAGCCGUUGUUAGGAAGACGAGAUCAUGUGUGUCCAAUAUUCAUCCAUGAUGGACAGAUGGGCGUUAUGACUACGGUGCAUUAUGGCAAUGGGGCUUUGGCCCCGAAAUGAGUCGCCGCAUGUCAGGGAGAGAACAUGAACUCCCGGGGCCUGCUGGUGAACAAUAGGGCCACGCAUCCCAAUGAAGCACACUCCUCUUGCCCAUGACCGAGCCCCUCAGCCCCUCUUUGUCCUAGCAGCAAGCCUCUCCCAUUGUCCUCUUUCUCUCUCUCCUCGUAUGUCUUCAUUCAUCUACCCCACUCUGUUUUCUUCAAGCUGAAGGAGAGCUUCAUAUCGCCCUCCAAUGCACUUCACCAGGUUGGUAGGGUUUAAGGCCAUACUAGGAGUAUCCUUUCUCUUUCCACAUGGUAUGUUCUCUGUGUUGGGGGUGGGUAUGGAUGGACCUACCCACUUCUGUGCAGCGGGGGAGGUCACACGUGUGAGAAGUGGGUUAAUGGUCACUGGGGCUAACGCACAAUGGAGCAGCUUUUCAAGGGGCCACUUCUGUCACCUAAAUGGAGUUAUGGAUGACCUAUCGUGUGUCCCAGAUCUGCUUGUAACUUCACAGCAGAUGCUCAUCAGUGACCAUUAGAGUAUUAAGGGACGGUUCACUUUACUGUAAUUUUCCUCCUACAGAUGCUAUUGCAUUGCUAGUUUUCAUUACACAAUAGAUGCAGUUCUUUGUAGGCCAUGUCACUUGUAUCUGAAUUAGUGUCCUGGUUAAAAUACAAUCUAUGGCACAUCAUUUUUUAUGCUUUUAUUUUCAAGCUAGCCUAAUUGUAACUGUAUAAACCUUCCCCUCGAAGCAACUGCACAGUUACACACAAGCUGUUGUUGAUACUUGAAGCAAAAUGCAGAGAAGGCUGUCAAAUAAGGAUAAAUCAGCUAGUGGCAGUUUCCCAUUCACAGAUUAAGCCUAGUCCUAGACUAAAAAGCAUUUUCAAUUUCUCCAUUGAGCUUUUUAGUCCAGGACUAGGCUUAAUCUGGGUCUGGGAAUCCACACCCUAGUCUUUUAAAUAUAUCCUUAAGAUUGACUCAAAUAAUAUAAGUUCGUCCCAGCCUGACAAUGGCAGCCAUUGACAGUUCUGGAGAGGAAAUCCUUUGUGGUGAGCAUGGCUGAUGUCUUUCCGCUCCUAAAUUGGGUCCAGGAACAUAGACAAAUGGCACUUGGUGCCUAGGAAACACCUCAAUGAGGUGGCAUAGCCACCAGUCUUGUCCUGACACUGACCUGAGCAUGAGAGAAAGAAUUGUGGAAUUCUGUUUACAGCACAAUAUUGAUCACCCUCUAAUUGUGAAAUUCUCAAAGGUUAGUUGAAACUUCUGAUAGGAAACAUCAGGUUUCAUUGCUAAUCAUAUCAAAAUCAACGAUAUCUGCUGCCUGUUUGCAGAUAUACCAUACCACCAAUCCAAAGCUCUUUUGGAGGGUUCUUGUUUUACCCAGGCUGUUUUACUCCCUCCAUUUCUUCAUCCCUUCCUCCCUCCUUUUCCCCUUCUCCAAGGCUGUUUUAUCUCAUGGCUGAACUUCUCUCUGCUGAACAGCGCUGCCUGGGUCAACUGAGGUGAAGGCAGCAGAAUGGGAUCUGAAAAAGGGUCUGUAGGAUAGCUAAAGUACUGGGUCGUAAUAAUUUGGCACCAAUGAAACAGAAUGGGACUAUGUAGAUUUGUCCAAUAAGAAACGCUCAUUUUUGUUUUCUGUUUUCACGAACCUGGUUUGAUGUUAGCAUAGCCUUUAGUGUUAAUCUUAUGACCAUGGUAUUGAUUGUGUCCCUACCAAUGCUAUCAAUACACAUCGCCUCUUGAGCUGUUGAAUGCUUUCAGGCUUUGAGUUUAUACUGAUUCCAUACAAAAUGUAUCACAUUUUAGUAAAACAAUCAAUCAAUUAUUAAAUCAAAGCAUGUACCUAUCAUUUGGAGUGAGAAUGUGUUCAUUCUCAACUUAUCUGCGUGUCUCUCUGCCAAAUAAUCAUCCAAGAACUGUCUCCCUGACCCCCCCCCACCCCACCCUACCCCACCCCCAACGCUAUCCCUCCCAGCAAGAAUCCUGCAGUGGUGGUCAGUGUGUUAGUGGUUCUUUGUGAUGUGGUUGGGAAGAGAGGUUGGGGGCAGGGGACGUAGUAGUGCGGAAUGCCGGUCCUUUGGCAGAGGGGGAUGGGUAAAGGUUAUCACAUCAGGUUUACCACUCAAACACAAGAGACUCACAGGCCACUGUGGCCAGUGUUGGGCAACAGACCAAUGCAGACUAGGGAGGGAGGACAAAUAGUCAGUCUGACAACAAGAGGCUUUGUAGUUGUUUAUUUAUGAGGUGAGACAGAAUGAUCAACAGUCAGGAGACUUAGGACAAAUGCCAGAUAGCUCCUAUCUCUGUCAGAAAAGUUUGAAGAUAGCAUGGUGUUCACAGGGGUCACUGCUCAGCGUCUCCCUUGGCUGAUUAUUAGUUGAUUUGUUAGCUGAUGUUGUAAGGUUUUUGUGAUUGCGUCAUCAUUGAUUUGGAGCAUAUCAUGCAGCAAGACUUGAGUUCUUAAGAUGUGUUCGUAAGGAUGUGUAACGACUGAACAAUCCUCCAAGCCCCUUGGAAAGUCCCUCUCUACGUUCAAAAUGUGAUAUUUGAUAUGACCUUUAAAAUGUUACAGGGCCGUAUUCACAAGAGUCUCAAAGUAGGAGUGCUAAUAAAGGAUUAUAUGGAUAGGGGGAUCUGAUACUAGAUCAGCACUCCUACUCUGAGAUGAAUUUGGAGAGGGGCACAGGAAUGAAGGUCAAACUGCUAACAGUAUUCUAAUAUUUGUUCCUCCCGUCUUUCUCUACCAUCCAGAGUAAGCUGCACAUGGAGGGCUUCCGCAGCCUGAAGGAGGGCGAGGCGGUCGAGUUCACGUUCAAGAAGUCAGCCAAAGGCCUGGAGUCCCAGAGAGUCACUGGGCCAGAGGGCACACAUUGUGUGGGCAGUGAGAGGAGACCCAAAGGCAAGAGCGUCCAGAAACGCCGCUCCAAAGGAGAUAGGUGAGUGCCUGCCUUGCAUGCACACUCUGUUUGUACAUCAAAUGGGGACAACGUAUACACUCAAAUGUACACACUGAAACAGAAACUCAUUCCCGCAAACAUUCCAAAACCCUCCAAACUAUAUUUGAACACUGGUGUUAAGUGAAAAAGAGGUCGUUCACAAAAUGAAAAUGGACAGAAAAUGCCUUAUCAGAUAAGCAACAAUGUACAUAUCUCACACACAUACCACAUCUAAGUAUACCAUAGUAGGGGUCUCGCAUACUCAAAAGAUGGUGGGCCAAAGCGUUUUAUUUAUUGUGGUUGGGUCUCACAUCUGCAAUGGUCCAUCCAUUUUGGAUAUGAUGCAAAAUGGUGUUUCAGUUUUGUCCUCUUCUUCUUUUCCUUGACCCCCACCCCUGGCCGUGGUUAGGGUCACACAGGCAGGCUUGGCGUGUGACCUGGAUCAAUAGCUGUUUAAUUCUGUCCGUCCCUUGUGGAUUCACACCCAGUGGUUCUCUCUUUGAAAACCUUUUCCAAACCUCUUCCACAAAAUGUGUUUUUGUGGUGGUAACCUGAACUGGUAACAUGAAUGUUUCUGAAUCACUUUAGAUGUGGAUUAUAAUGAUCCUGUCAUUACAGUGUAGAACUAGUGAAAUAUUAAAUUCUAGGUGUGUUUGAUGUUUAAAUAUUACUCAUGUUAGUUAUAAUAACAAAUCUACAAAAAUAAGUUAUUUUGGCUUGUUCCUGUAAAAUAACCCUUAAUGGUUCUAGGUAGAACCUUUUUACCCAUAAAGAACCCUACUAGAAGCAUUUUGUCCGUUGAGAAGGUUCUGAAGAAUCCUUUUGCAUGAAAAAGGUUCCAUACCCCACUACUUGAAUAAUGCAUUCCUUUUCAAAUGCACAAAUCCCUUCACUUUUUCUCACCAUAAAGUAAAGUAAAAGUGAGAGGAGGGCCAACAUUGUGGGUCCUUUGUCCGUUGUGGAUAUUGUGAUGGGUUAGAGAGGGGUAUCAAUGUGGCCUCCUGUCAGUUGUGAUUAGGCCCAGAGUGUAGUCAGGGUGAGAAUGGAGAUCGUUAUGGCCUCAAAGAGUCCUGGGAGGCCUGUGGCGCACUGGUCCUUAUAAGAGGAAUCAUAUGGGGCCAACUCCAACAUUUUCAAUGGAGAAUAAGAGAAAGUUUUUUAUAGUAUGUCUUGAAGAUUAAUCAUUACAUAGGUUUAUGAUUAUAAAGGAUUUUUGUCAAUGGCAUAUUUAAUAUUCUUUAUUUGGUGGUGGUGUUUGCAUGGGAUUAGAAACAGAGGGCCCUGGCACUCUUUUCACCAGUGUUAUCUGGACUCUCCAUAUUUCUUAAAAUAGGGCCAUAGUCAGCCACUGUUUCUUUUCUGAUUCUCAACCCACAUUUCUUGGACCACCUUAAAGCGUCCGCAUGCUUCCGAGCAAAAACAGUUCGGAAGAGUUUGUGCAUAUAUUAUGAUGACAUUUUGUGACAUUUUUGUUUAUUUUGGACUUCGGUAAGGUGUUUUUCGGGCACACAAAAUGUUUUCUUGAGACAAGCCGAAGUCUGUAGCCGAAGUCUACGCCCCUUCGUCGGUGAUUGGUCAACAGUAAGGAUUCAUCAGUAAAUCCUUUGUUGUCAUUCAAUGAGAGACGACUCGUUUUCAUGCAAAUUUCUACAUUGAGAAUAUUGCGUUAUCGUAGAUUAAUUCUGACUAUUAUGAGGAAGUGUACUGGCUAAAAUGGACUAACAAUACUAUUGCUGUUUUCAAGGUAUUUCAAGGGAGUAUGCGAGCACACAUGUUCGGUUCGCCAAGCAGACUUCGGCUAGUUGCCAGCCGAACUGAAGCUUGCUGACGCCUUUUGUAGGUAUAUAUGAUGCAGGGAGUGGAAAAAAAAACCAGUCCAUUUAAUUGAUAACAGAUGCAGGAGCCCGGGAGGAGGUUAGAGGUCACUGUAACCAUGGCAACCGUGUAUGACUCAAAUGUAGGGGGUUGGAGUUGCGGAGGUUAGAGAGGACCGCAGGGGUCAGAGUUAGGAGAUCAUUGCUGCGGCUUUUAAGACAAAGGACCACUUCCCUUUUCCUGCACGCACUCCCUGAUCGAUGUUGAGACAGUUGGGCCAGGCCAGAGCUUCUGUGCUGGUACCCCUCUGGAGCCUCCCUGAGUCUCCCCUGACCAAGCCUCAUCUGCAUCAUUGGGGGAAGGGGGUCCUCAAUAGCUUCUCAGUGGCACAGCAGCGGUGACAGCCCCACUGCCACUGCCCAUCUGUCAGCCGCCCUUGGACGCGUGGCUAUUCUAUAGGUCCUGUUUAAACCGAAGCUAUCAAAGGAAGGCUACUCUUUUAUGGCUACCAUUGACCCUAACCCUUCUGCAUGGACUGUGAUACUCUGUGUACGUUCUAUGGGGAAGGAAUAUAAUUGAUGUAGCUAAAAAUACCUCUUUGCAGCAAAGUACUGUGGACAAAGAAUGAAAAGGGUGGUUAAUUUGUAGAUGGGAGGCCAUUCAAAGUAACAAAUAGCCUACUGAAACAUUCAGAGAGAACGUGCUUUUAUAAAUAGUGUACAUCCUGUAGAAAAGAGUUGCAUGCUUAUUGCAUGCUUGCUGUUAUGUUCAAUUUGCAUUUGCACAUGGUGUAGAACAAAGAUCAUUUGCACUUUUUAACCCACUUUUAACCCUGUUCUCAUAAAAAGGAUGGUCAUAGGCCACUGCAUAUAACUGGCCAGAGUUCUAACUGGCAUAUGCUGCCCUCUUGUGGAUUGCAGGUGACAGCGCAUCUCACUCAAUACAAGAUCAGGGGCUAUAUGUUGCGAAAGGGAAAGGGGGAUACCUAGUCAGUUGUACAACUGAAUGCAUUCAACUGAAAUGUGUCUAACGCAUUUAACUCAACCCCUCUGAAUCAGAAAGGUCCGGGGGGGGGAUGCCUUAAUCGAUAUCCACGUCAUCGGUGCCCGGGGAGCAGUUGUUGUUGGGGGUUAACUGCCUUGCUCAGGGGCAGACAGAUUUUUACCUUGUCGGCUCGGGGAUUCGAUCCACCAACCUUUUGGUUACUGGCCCAACUCUCCUAUCAAAUGUAGUCUCUUAAUUUGAGCCAGUUGGCUAAAGCAGGAAAAUAAUCCUGCUGCAAUAAGAAAUGUAAAUUAUAAUGUGGAUUACAAAUACUGGAAAUUUUUGUAGGGGUUGAUAUACAUUUUUCUUAAGGGAAAUCAAGUCUGAAAUUUCAAAGUGGAAAUGACAAACUUCAGAAUCUCCUGCAACAGGGUGAUCAAAUUAAGAUCCUACAUCUGAAGGAUCAGGUCCUCACUCUCCAUACAAUCUUAUUAAUUGUGAUAUAAAAGCUAAGCUGAUCCUAAAUCAGCACCCCCUACGUUUAUCAGCAUGGUUGAGGGGAUCAGUUUGUGCAAGGCGAGGUGCAGAAUCGCUAAUCUUCAUCACAUAAUGAGUAGUUAUUUGAGAUGCAAGGUGAUUUGUAGAUCAGUGAUUCAGUGAUUCUGUGCAGUGUCUUCAAUCUCAAACAUGCACUUUGUCUUGUUUUUUUAGGUGCUACAACUGCGGCGGCCUGGACCACCAUGCCAAGGAGUGCAAGUUGCCGCCCCAGCCCAAGAAGUGCCAUUUCUGCCAGAGUAUUGCCCACAUGGUCGCCAACUGCCCAAUCAAAGCACAGCAGUCCUCACCAGGUUCUCAGGGAAAGCCCUCCUCCUUGAAAGGGGACGAGGAGGAACACGGCCACUCACUCCUGCCCCCCGUGAGCUCCGAU